AUGGCUCCUGCCGUGAAAUUCGCAAUAAAGGGCAAAGCUGUCGCGCGUCAUGGUUUCAGCAUGCGCUGCAGAGUGUCUGAGGAACCUGACCGCACGUUUUCUCUCGCUGCUCGCCAUGUUGAUGAGGUCCUACAAGGGGGUCUGGCACAAGCUGUACGCGGAGAUAAACGGGAGACAGAGAUGGUUUUACCCCACUCUCACUCGCGGAGCUUGUGCCAGUUUCAGACGCUAGCGCGACCCGAGGCGCGUUAUGUCCUGCUACGUCCGCAUGUCACGAGACGUGACAUCAUUUCGCGGCCGUGUGACAUAUCGCCAUCGUGGUCACGCGCUCCGUAUCCUUCCGGUCCUCAUGCCAUGGUGUUCAUCGCGUCCUGGCAGGAGUUUCAAGACGCGGCUGAGGCUCUGUAUGAAAAAUCGCCCAACACGACCCGCUAUUGUGUGAAAUGGAGAGCAUCGGAGGGGAAAUUGGUGUUAAAGAUCACCGAUGAUACGACAUGUCUCAAAUUUAAGACGUUUUCCUCCGUCUUCCUCAACCGGUUUGAGGCUUUGAAUCUCUCCCUUAUGCAGAAGAUGCAGAACCAACGACUGCGGCGCAACUUACCCGUCCCCACGGAAGCUGAGCGUGGGGCCACACCAGUUCCUGAAGCUGUAUCUUCAGCGACACCAGCUGGGACUACGGGAGUGGCAGGUGGCGGUGUGAAGAAGAAAAAACCCAAGAAGAAGAAGUAG